AUGCUCUCCGCCAUCGCCCAACAGCGGGCCCAGAGUGAUGACCUUUCCGCUUCCUCGUCCGGCUUCUCCACGGUGCAAUCGUCGUCAACCUCUGGCCUUUCAGCAGCCAUUUUCGACCGCCUCUCCCUCACACAUGCAACUACCACCGAGUUUCUCCAGCACUUCUGGUCCGCUUUCCUUUCCGGCGACCCUAAUAGGGCUGAUGAAAUCGGCAAGCUGUUCGAGACAUUGAACAGAGCCAUGGAUCGCAUCAAAGCGGUCGCUACGGACGCUGAAGCGGAGCGCCAAAAAGGAUAUCGAGAAGUUGAAGAAGCAGGGGGUGCAAAGGCAGUCAAUCAACUGUUGACGCCCACGGUGAAGGCGAUCGAGGUUGCUACGAAGCAAUACAAGAAGGCUUUGGCGGAGCAGAGUGAAGAAAUUGGUUAG